CGGCACUGCGCAUGCGACUGUGUUAUUAAAAUUUCGAAUCUGGAACGAAUUUAAAAAAAUAAUAUUUUACUAAUAGGACAGUGUUUCAAGAAGAAAAAAAUAUUUUAGUCUAUGGCAACACUCGGGAACCCGUAUGGUUACGUGGUUUCAAUUUACCGGUGCGCGAAUUGACUCAUAGUCAUACUAUGUUACCUACAUUCGUAAAUAUAGAUAAAUUUAAAUAGAUAAAAAAACAUUUAGUUUGAUAAAUACUAAGACGUUGUUCUGUUGUGUUAAUAAGGAUAUUUUUCUUUCAACAGCUGAGAGAAAAUAAUUACCGACCAUUGUGGAUACAAAAUGGCGAAAGUAGUCUUGCUACUGGUACUCUGUCAAAUUUUAACGCUGCCAAUCCUGGGAGGACGCAGCGAUGAUGAGAACCCAUUCCUGGAUUUGGCAUCCUCAUUUAUCCAAAACAUGGGGGAAAAUGGCAACAACCUGAAUGGUUUGUCUGCCAUUGGAAAUAUAGUUGGUUCAUUGAUGCAGGGCGAUAACGCAAAGACCCUUGGUUCUAUGUUGGGCCAAAAUACCGCAAAUGGAAAUGCUGGUGAUGUUUUAUCAGGUCUUGGCAACUUACUUGGGGGUCAGGAUGGCAAAAUAGAUCCGGCAUUAGUUGGUUCCAUGAUAUCCAUGUUUGCAUCGCAAAUGGGCUCCAAUGCAGAUACUAAACCACAGAGCAAUAGACAAAAAAGACAAUCCAAUCAGGAAAACGAUAUAAAUCUAGAAAGUAUUUUAAGUCUAGCAUCAGGGUUUUUAGGCAACAAAAAUUCAGAAGCAGGAGCAGGAAUUUUACCUUUAAUAAUGAACACAUUAAGCUCAUUUUCGAAUCCAGAAGCCCAGAAACGAGCAGAAAAUCAUAAAGACCAUGCGACGUUUUUACCACCAUUUUUGGAAAAAGCUCAUUUGUAUUGGGACCUAUUCAUCAACUCCGAACUUGGAAAGACCAUUUGGGAGAAGUCCGGAAUAAGACGAGUAAUGAAAGCUUUCACCGGACCCGAUGGCAAGAUCAGUUUCGAAAUUAUGUUCAAGAAUUUUGAAAAUCAUUCGUUUAGAAGACACUGGAUCAAAACAGCCGCUAAAUAUCUAACAGAUAUGGCCGUACAAAUAUCUAAACCAGAAGUCUACGAAAGAUAUCUAUCGUCGGCUCAAUACAUUCUAAAUGGGUUCCUCGACGCGCAAGGCUUGCCAAAGAGUACGCACUUCAAUUUAAAACGACCUACAGAAUCUUUAACGUCCCUCAUCAAUUAUGUGCUGAAGCGAUAUUUGGAUAUAAGUACUGACGUGUCCGGAUAUGUGGAGCCCGCAAUUGUAUAUGUUAAGCAAACCCUAAAGAUGGCGGAAUCGACCUCCCAAUCGUUGGCCAGCCGCGGCGACUACAAUGUCCUAGUUGACAGAAUUACAGACACCCUGAACUUGGAAGUGAUAGAACCGGUGCUUCGAGUCUACAGAGCAUACAAACAUUCAAUAGAAGCGCCACAUUGCCAAGAGCAUCUCAUGUGCUUAGUCAACAGACACCAUGAUCAGGAUAAACGAGAUCUUCCAGGCUUCAAGGCAGGAUUGACAAAGCUGAGCAGUCUCAUUGCUUCGGCAGCGCUCAGCUACCAGAACGGCAGAGGUUUCUGGGAUCUAUACAACGCUAUACAGAACGAUGUCAACUGCGAGGCCACAUAUCCAGCCGACUGCACAGCGUUCCACGAACACGAAUUAAAAGUGACAACCGAAGUUUAUCACAGUGAAUUAUAAAUAAAUAUAAACUAAUUUAAAUAAUAAAUAAUUUAAAUUAAUUUAUAUAUUGUUAAGUGGUUUCCUAUUUGAGAAUUAAAUACUAUAAUAAAAUAUAUAAAUAAAAUAUCUUUGAAAUAUUAUUAUUUUUUAUUUAAAUACGUAUAAUUUUGUAUAACAUUGCUACUAAAUAAUUGUUUUAACUUACUGCGGUUAAAGCAUUAAGAAACUACGUGUGCCUACUAAUAAUUUUGAAAUUAUUUAAUUAAUAUUAUAAAAUUUACUGUAAUUUUCUUAAAAGUAGUAACAAAAAAUAUGGGAAAUAUAUAUAUUUUUUAUUAUUAUUAUUAUAUAUUGAAAUUGACAAUUUAAAAGUAAAUGUGACUUAACAAUGAUGACCAAUUCUCAAAUUAGAAACCAAAUUUAUAGCAAACUUUGCAAAUAUGUAAUAAUAUAUAAUAAUGAUUAGUUACAAUAUUGCAUAUUAAUUCUUCUCUUUUCAAUACAUUUAAAAAAUAAAAGGAAUCACAUCAAAAUUCACUCCUGUCUUACACAAUUUUUGUUGAAUUAAUUAAUUAAUACAUAUAAUAAAAUCGUAACUGGUCACUGUCUGUACAUGGAAGAUAUAUAAGAAAAAAUUAUAAUAGGGAGGCUUUAUGAAAGCAACUGAACCCAAAACAAUAGUUUGUCUGUACGUUUAUGCAUGCUAAUCUCAAAAAUGGUUCAGAAUAGAGCGCGGUUUUCACUAAUGCGUUGCGGUUUACUUCACUUAACAUUUAGUAUUUGUUUUAUUUCCAUCGAUUCAUAAAUAAAAAAGUUAUAUCAAUCUAAAGAAUCACAUAUAAAAUGCUAUAAAAUAAACAAUCAGUUGAAUUGGCUGAAACUUUAUGAAGGUAUUAGGUACGUAAAUAUCACGUAAGCAUAAACAAUAUAAGACCGGAUUCAUGAAGAGUUCCAAUGGAAAUGAUAUAUGGGAACUGCAUAGUUAGAAGCGGGCAACGCCGCGGGAAACGGCUAGUAUACUAAUAUUUCUUAAUAUUCUUUCUUUUAUUCUAAGAAGUUUCUACUAUAAAAUAGCAUUAUUGUUAUUAUUACAUAUUAACAAAGUUUACAUUACAUUUUAUUAAAAAAAAAUUAUGUUGUAUGUACUUAAUCUGCCGUGAUAUUUUACACUUAAUUUUGAUAAUUCUGUAUGUCACAAAACACUUAUAUUUUCAAAUAUAAGUACUACUUUUUAGCAUUUUUCUAAUUAACAAUUUCAUUCAUUUCUACUAACAAUAUAUAGGUAUUUGAAAAUAUUUUGUGACUAUAUUUAGAUUAGGUAGACACUGCGGGCGAUUAGGUCACUAUAAAUUAUCUAAAUUGGCCGGGCAAUGCGGACUAUUCGUGAAUAUUUUACAUUUUGCCCGAUCAAUAGUGAUAUUGAUCGCUCUGAAAACUAAAAUGGCUUAGUUUUAAAUAAUAAUUUAUGCUGGACCAUUGGUGCUAAAAUACUGUUGUAAUUCACUUUGAAUCUCUCUCUCUCUCUCUCUCUCUACCGUCACUGUUUAUCAUUUUAUUUCUUAAACAAGAAUAUGGAUUCGAAGCUGAACCCCCAAAAUAACUCCAAGCAGAAUUUAAAAAAAAAUCAUCUUGUAACUUUUCAGUUCAUUGAAUUUUAAACACAUGUAGGAUUAUUUCAAUUACAAUUUAUGUAAAAUAACGUGUAUUUUUCAAUUAAAUAACCUUCAUAAUAUUUAAUGUUAUUUCUUAUAAAAGACUAUGAGGGAAGAUUGUGUUAAGACGUAGACCAUAAUUAG